AUAUGCUCUCAUAAAGGCGAGUGUCCUUCUCGCUAUAAGCAGUGUUUUCGUCAGCACGGGUUCUCCUGUGUCAUACUUUGACUACACGUCACCCAUUCCCUAUUGUCUGCUCUUUAUAUCGCUCAUGCUCGCCAUGAUCGCAAUGUUGACAUCUGGCUCGAGCAUGAUGCAUUGGCUGCACGCUGACCGCUACUGGAUUCGAGAACAACUCGAGCAAGGUGGCUACUUCGUCUUGUCCUACCUGUUGUCGAUAGUCACGCCUAUAUUCUUCGUCACUUUGUCCCUGCAUUGUUUCAUGUUUGCGAUGUUGAUAGCAGGCUUUGCUUCUCAAAGCAUGAUCUGCCGCGCCGUCACGGCGCUUUGGCUAGUUGCAUACGCUGUCAACGUUGGGACAAUAUUGAUGGAAGCUAUGUGGAAGCAUGCGACAAGCCUCAAUCACGCUGGAUAAUAUCAGUGGUUUCCAGUUUGUUCCUUGUUUCACCCGCGGUUUGUAUAGCGUCAGUGGUGCUCAAGUCGUGCGCACAUGGCAGUCACACCAAUUUCGAAAUCGCCCCGUCCUUAUAAUAUGUAGAAUAUAUUUGAUAGACCUUGCAUGAGGUCAUUCGGCUACGUC